AUGAAGGUUCUAAGUCUCAACUUUGUCAACUGCGCCGCCAAAGCCUGCAAAGCCACCUCCGAAUCCUUCCCGCUGCAUCCCAAGGAUGCCGAACUCGUUCAAGAUGAGAUUGAGCUGAACCCAGCUAUGCUCAUCAACGUUCUGCCUAGACUCGACUGGGCAGCUCUUCGAACAACUUCCUCAGAGCUCGGUUUCCCCGAACUUCCGGGGCAAGCUCCUACAGCCGAGCAACUGCAAGCUGAUGAGAAGACUUUGAAGGAUCUGCACCACUUGUUGCUCGAGACACAGAUUUCGGAAGGCAAGCUUGUUUGUGGCAACUGUGGGCAUGAGUAUGCCAUCAAGGAGGGCAUUGCCAACUUUCUUCUGCCCAGCCACCUAGUCUGA